AUGGCGUACCAGACGUUCCGGCAGGAGUACCUGCAGGUGCCGCCCGUGACCCGGGCCUACACCACCGCCUGCGUCCUCACCACUGCCGCCGUGCAAUUAGAACUUAUCACGCCCUUCCAGCUGUAUUUCAACCCUGAGUUAAUAUUUAAGCACUUUCAAAUAUGGAGGUUAAUCACAAACUACUUGUUCUUUGGACCAGUUGGCUUUAAUUUUUUAUUUAAUAUGAUCUUUCUAUACCGGUACUGCCGCAUGCUCGAGGAAGGCUCUUUCAGGGGUCGGACGGCAGAUUUUGUAUUUAUGUUCCUUUUUGGAGGACUUUUAAUGACUCUUUUUGGGCUGUUUGUGAACUUGGUGUUCCUGGGCCAGGCAUUCACCAUCAUGCUGGUGUAUGUCUGGAGCCGCAGGAAUCCUUAUGUCCGAAUGAACUUCUUUGGUCUCCUCAUCUUCCAAGCCCCAUUUCUACCCUGGGUGUUGAUGGGCUUCUCACUGCUUUUGGGCAACUCCAUCAUUGUGGAUCUCCUGGGCAUUGCUGUUGGGCAUAUAUAUUUUUUCUUAGAGGAUGUCUUUCCCAAUCAGCCUGGUGGUGGGAGGCUCCUAAGAACACCGUCUGUCCUGAAAGCCAUAUUCGACACGCCGGAGGAUGACCCGAAUUACAACCCCUUGCCCGAGGAGCGGCCAGGGGGGUUUGCCUGGGGAGAGGGGCAGCGCCUUGGGGGAUAAAUCAGGGGCUGUGCCAAAACCCAGCCACCCCUGGGAGAGACUGCCCUGGGUCCAGUCCCACGUGGGGACUCCUUCCCCAGCAGGAGGGGAGACUCUGACAGCUCUAUGGUUUGGUAUACAAGCACUUUAUGAAAUGGCUGCCGCACCCAAGGCACUCCCAGUGCCUUUCCAAUCAGGGAGUUCAUUGUGCUGGACCUAAUCUAAACCCAGUGGAGCCAAAAAUUUAAAACUGGAAACAGUUUGCUGUUAACUUCAGUUCACAAGGCCACACAAGUACUUGUUUAAAGUGAUUUUUAAAGCGGUUUUUUCAAGUUGUUUGAUACAUGAAACACUAUGGGAAACUUUACAGGGGACAAGCCCAGCUUUUGGGGUUUUAACUCAUUUUUUUUUAUUUGGAUAAAACAACUACAAGAUGAUUGAAAGGCUAAGUCGCUAAUGGUUAAAGGGUUUUAAUCUGAGGUGCUGCUGUCUCCAGUCAUCUUUGAAUUGCAGAGAGCACAACAUGCAGCAUAAUGCAGCUGUUCACUCUGCCAUUUGGGUUUUUGGAAUAUUCUGUGGGCCGAGGCUACGUUUUGGUGUUUUUAUUUUUUUCCCCCAAGGACUGUGUAUGUUCAGGUGCCCAGUUUUCAGACUGGUGGUUAAAUAGAUGUGCCUGCAAAAUCCACCCCCAUGUGCCCUCUGCUGUUCCUGAAUGUCCUGCAGUACUAGAGAAGGAAACUUGUCUGGAGCCUAGACUCAAAUGAUGAUGAGUUGAAUAAAAUAUCUUAUGGA